UGAUCAUGUCUUUUCAAAUAUGGUGUCAGCAUUGAUCAUAUUAAUUUGAUAUCACUAAGACGAGGCCACUGAUUUACGUGCAGUAUAAUUAAAUCAAUCAAAAGGGCAGUUUGAUGAAUGAUUUUGCUUUUCGAACCUAACGACCAGAUCAUCUUUGUUUGUGUCAACUUAAAGGAUUUUAUGUAACUUUGUUUGGAGGAUGUUAUCACAAGCAGCAGACGGAGUCCCUCUAAACCUACACCUACCUACCGGCGAGGGAACUGCCUGCAUCCGAUAAGGGAUCUCGUCGACAAAAUCAAGUGUGGAGGGAGGGGGUGUGGAGAAAAGAAGUCGAAUUGGAGAGAGGGAGAAAGGGAGAAGAGACACCGAGGGAGGGGAAAAGGUCAGGGACACGGGGGGGUUUAUCGCACUGCCAGAAAUAAGGAGAGUGUCUACACAAACGGUUUGGCAGACGAAACCAAGGAGACGAAGUGAAAUAAACCAGCAACCCCCUCUCCACCACAUUUUUGCGCAAGGACUACUGUGGAUUUUUAAACAUUUUCGACUUCUUCCAGAGACAUUUUUUUUGUGCUUUGGUGAAGUCCAGGCAACACGCAGUGAAUUUUGGACCGUGCGUAAUUUGGAGAGUUUAUUGCCACGCUGCGUCAGGAUGCGCGUCUGUCCGCUGCUGGUCUUCCUCUGUCUGCUGUGCGCUGGACGCGCUCAGAAGUUCUCCGCUCUCACGUUCCUGCGGGUGGAUCAGGAUAAGGAGUGCAACAUGGAAUGCAGCGGAACUCCUCGCAAGCCCCUGUGUGCCUCCGACGGCAGGACUUUCACAUCUCGCUGCGAGUUCCUCCGAGCCAAGUGCCGCGACCCCCAGCUGGAGGUCAUCCGAGGGCCAUGCAAAGAUACAUCCAGAUGUGUAGCAGAGAAGAAGUACACAGAGCAGCAGGCCAAGAAACUCUUCCCGCAGGUCUUCGUGCCUGUAUGCAACCCUGAUGGCACAUAUAGCGAGGUUCAAUGCCACAGCUACACUGGAUACUGUUGGUGUGUCACCCCCAAUGGUCGACCCAUAAGUGGCUCAGCAGUGGCCAAUAAAAAACCUCGAUGUCAAGGUUCAAAACAAGAGAGGGCUACUACAAGAGAGCCAGGUAAAGCAGUCUCCUUGCAAAUAUUCUCCAUUCUAAAUGCAGAUGAGACUGGCCUAGUGGUGGAUCCACAGCCUGCUACUGAUGACGAAGACAUCAUUUCCCAGUACCCCACUCUGUGGACAGAGCAGGUUCGCAGCCGACAGAACAAUAGAACCAGAGCACCAUCCUCUUCAUGUGACCAGGAACAGCAGUCUGCCCAGGAAGAAGCGAGGCAACACAAGAACGAUGCUGUAUUUGUACCAGAUUGUGCCCAAGGAGGACUGUACAAGCCGGUCCAAUGCCACCCCUCCACCGGCUACUGCUGGUGUGUACUGGUGGACACCGGACGGCCCAUACCUGGGACCUCCACCAGGUAUGAGCAGCCAAAGUGCGAUGGCAAUGCCAGGGCCCACCCAACUAAACCUAAGGACCAUUAUAGAAGCAGACAUCUCCAAGGUUGUCCUGGGGCAAAGAAAACAGAGUUCCUGACAAGUGUUCUUGAUGCACUGUCGACAGACAUGGUGCACGCCGUCACAGAUCCAGCAUCUGCCGGAAGGAUGGCUGAGCCCGAUCCCAACCACACCCUGGAGGAGAGGGUGGUGCACUGGUAUUUCAGUCAACUGGACAAAAACUCCAGUGGGGACAUUGGAAAGAAGGAGAUCAAGCCUUUCAAACGCUUCCUGCGCAAGAAAUCCAAGCCAAAGAAGUGUGUGAAGAAGUUUGUGGAGUACUGUGACAUCAGCAAUGACAAGGCGCUGUCUCUUCAGGAGCUGAUGGGUUGCCUCGGGGUGACCAAAGAAGAGGGGGCCAAACCAGGAGAAGGCUUAUCUUCCAGUAAACUAAAUCCCUCGAAGAAGCAAGGCUAAGCCAGCAGCUGAGAUUUCCCCUCCCGCAUGGAGAAUCUGCCCUCACCAAUCGGCAAUAAUGGAAACCAUAGUAUUUGCACUUUGUACUUUAAAAAAAAAAAAAUGUAAAUUCACUUUGUAGAAAUAAGGUAUUUAAACAGACUGCUGAAUCUGUGAAUGAUGUAGUUAGCUUUUUAUGUCCUGACAAACAAAAAUUAUUUAACACAUACAAUGUAUGUGUGUCUUUGUGUGUCUAAAAAGUAUACUUUUCAGAGUUGUACAAGAUUUCAUGUUUGAUGUUGCAUUUUGUGCCCCUUCCCACCCAGUGUACUUUUCCUCUCACGUUGAUGAUGUUAAAGUGAAUAUAUGAAUGGUUUGCCACACGGCUACAAUAACUUAGACCAUACCAUCUCUCAUGUACUGACCUAUAGCAUCUCUUCUUGGGUUUUUUUGUACAGCUGUUUGCAAGAAUGUUUUAAACAUAGAUCAUAAAAACGUCCUACAUGUUCACAUGUAUUCAUGUUUAUUAGAAAUAAAGAACUCUUUUAUAUGUUCUGUCCUCUGUGGUUCUGCAGGCCUCAAUGAGUCAAAGAAGGUUAAUUGGGUCAGCAAAUUCCUUUGUUUCUCUCUAAUCCAAUUAGUCUUCUAUAUGUUUUCCUUCUCCAUGUAUAAAUCUUGUAAUGUCUUUUCCUUUUUGUGUUUUCUUGCUAUGUCUUUAAUAAAACACCUUGUUG